CUCUGAUUUGCCAACGAAGAGUGCUAACUUACCUAUUAUGCCUGUAGUGACAUCUGAUAAGCAAUGUACAUCUACUGAUUACACUAAUCCGAUAGUAUCCAAUUUACCAUUAGAAGCCCAUAAGCAAAUACCUAGUCCUAAUGCGACAGCUCUUAAAAACACUGUCAAGAUUAAAAAGUCUAUGCCACGUAAGAAGAAUGUUUGUACAGAACCUUCUGGUUCUAGACCCAAUAAUAAAAGUAUUACGAUGGCCCUACUCAAUACAAAUAAGACUAAACUACCCGACACCAUGCUUUACCCAACGCAUCGUAGGGGAGGAUAUAAGGGCAGACCUGGUUCAAAUGUCUCACAAGAUGGCCACUUCAAUCGUUAUGUAAGUAGGCCUAAUACUGGACAGACCACAGUAAACCAACGAGCCUCACGAGUACCCUCAAACGUUUUAAAUAAUAAACCUGUAAGACGUAACCUCUCUCAACACUUUCCCAUUAGGCAAGAUGGAUUACUAGGUUACCCAACAUCAAACUUUUCAAAUAAUAUACCAGUAACACAUAACUUUUCUCAACACUUUCCGAUUGGGCAAGAUGGAUUACUGGGUUACUCACCAUCAACCCAACCUUGUCUUAACUGUCCGCCUAGUCAAGUUCAACAAAUUAAUCCGCUUUAUCAAAAUAAUGAUUUUUUUGGCCUUCAGAAAUCCCUGGUCCCACUAGCACUACAGUUUGCUCAAGCGAUCGCCCAUGUGAUCAGUCAAACAUAAUAAACCACAGUCUAUGCAAAUCCAAAAUACACGACAUCAAUAGGGAAGCUCUCGGUUUUUUUACACUCCAUACGCCCUUUCUAAAUCUAUUACUUAUCAAUGCACGUUCACUUCUGAACAAAAUUUCAGCCUUGAGAACAUUAGCCUUUCUAUCCAAGCCUUCUUUCAUACUUAUCACUGAAACAUGGUGCUCUCAUGCAGUAUCUGACUCAGAAUUAAAUAUCCAAAACUAUAGACUCUAUCGCUGUGACAGAGAAACUAAGCGAGGAGGUGGUUGUAUUAUAUAUGCUUUGGAUACCCUAACAACUAAUAGAGUUGAAGAUAGUGUCCUGAAUAGUUUACCAGAAUCAGUCUGGAUAUCUGUCAACACCCUGAAUCAUAGUCUACUCCUUGGAUGUAUAUACAGAGCUCCUGAGAGCUCAAAUAAUGGGAAUAAUCUUAUUAUCAAUGCAUUCAUACAUGCAUCUGCUCUAAACUUCAAUGCUAAGAUUAUCACUGGUGAUUUCAAUUAUCCUGGGAUUAACUGGAGUACCGGUAGCUGUCAGUCAUGUAAUGAGGAGUUCUCGGCAACCAUUAACAUGCACUGUUGGUCACAGUGGGUUCGUACCCCAACUAGAGGUGAUAGUAUACUCGAUCUAAUAUUUAGUAGAGAUAUUAUCCCACUGUCUGUAAAGGUAUACGAUGAAUUUGAAAGCAGUGACCAUAAGACAGUAGUAUGCUCUCUCCCUAUAUAUCCCUCUUCUAACCGACCCAUUCAAAAAACCUGUCAAUAUAGAGACUUUAAGCAUGCCGACUGGGACCUCCUGCAUUCACUGAUUAAACUUUCAGACUGGGAUAACUUUUUUUCAUGUACUAAUCUCAUAGAUACUAUCGACGAGUUCUAUUUGAUCGUUAACUCUUGUUUAGAUUCUUCUGUACCUCUUAAAACGUACAGGUUUAUUAAACCUUACGAAUUAUAUAUACCAGCUAAAUAUCGUAAUAAACUAAGACGCCUACAGAAUCGUUAUUUCAAGUCAAACGACUUCACGGCAGCUGCGCAAACAACAAUAAUUUUUAAUCAAAUUAAAGAGACACAUAGGUUAAAAGCCAUUAAUGAGGAGAUACUAGCACUUAAUAGUAACUCAAAAAUACAAAACUUAACUCUACUUCUCAAUAAACGCGCUAAAGUAACUCAAAAUGUUGAUAUACCAUGCAUCCAGCAUAAUAACACUUUUAUAUACGACUCUAAAACUAUGGCAGACCUUUUCAGUGCUACUUUUGCGAAUGAUGUAGGAACCACAAGUGGCUCUGCUUCAAGAGAUACGUGCGUGACCAGCAACUACAUAAAAUCUAUCUCCUUCACAUGUAAGAAAAUUAAUAUGGCUAUAAAUGCCCUUAAGCUUUCGCGCGGUCAUGGAGCAGACGGGAUUCCAUCCUUUCUCUACAAAUACGGUGGUCCAGAUAUUCCACUUCUUCUUCUAAAGCUGUUUACUCUCUCUAUGGAAACUGGUUCUUACCCUUACUGUUGGAAAACCGCGUACAUCAUACCACGUUAUAAAUCUGGAGAUAAGACUGACAUGAACAAUUAUCGGCCAAUAAAUAUUACUCCAGUGAUCUCUAGGAUUAUGGAGAAAAUUAUAUUUAUCAUUAAAUCGAUCUGGCACACGAAAUGACCUUAAUUACAUCGUUUAUAAAUCAACAGACAGUCCAGUUAAGAAAUAUUACAUGUUCCCGGCUGAUACAUUGGAUCGCUGUAAUACCCAAACAACUACUGAGCUAGUAAACUUAAAACUCAUAACACAU